CGCGGUCAGUGGAGAGUGUGUUGGUUUUGGCUGAAAACCUAAAAAGAGCUAUCACUUUGGUGUGUAAUUUUCGUACCGUUGCUGGUGGUUUUCUAACGGUAAACAGUGGCAUGGCUCUGCAAAAGUGCUCCAGUCGGCAAGACUACCAGGAGACCUUCGAAAGAGUUGUUUUACCUUCAUCCAACAAGCUGAUUGAGAUUAGUAAUGGUUCUAUACGCUUCGUGGUAGAAGCUGAGAAAUUGGCUGCCUUGAAGGAAUUAUGGGACAUCUACAAAGAUGGAACAUUGCAGAGUCGUCUCCAAGAAUUCCUGGUCACUGAUGAAAUUAAGCAGCUUGCGAAUGGAGAAGACAUUAAAGUGACAGUGUGUAUUGAUGAACAUGAGUAUAAAGAAGCUUACUUCAAUUUGUUUUUACUUCAUCAAGCGCCAAAUGUGGAACAGGAAGAACGGGCUGGACGAAGACCUCGAAGGAAUUCUGACUCUUUUCUUUGUCUCAAACCAAAUGAGAAUGAGAUGGCCCUGAAGAGGUUAAUGGAAGAAACAGAAGAAAAAUGGCGGAAAGAGAAAGAAAUUCUUGAAUUAAGGAUCACAGAGCUCGAGGAAACCUUGAAGGCGGAAAGGACGAGUAAUUUGAACCAAACUACGACUCUCGGGCCACCAUUGGAAAGACGACGCAGAAAUUCUGACUCUGACUUGUACUACAAGGCAAGAAAUAGGGAGGAUGAACAAACAGAGAACGAACCAGAACGAGCUUUUGAAGAUGGAGCGGUUAUGGAUUUCGACAAGCGUAUGUUCGUAGAGAAUUAUUUACGGAAUAUCCCUGAAACACCCAGCAUGACGACAGAGACAAGUGACAGCGGAAUAACAACACAUGGUUUAACGUCUGAGAUAGAAAUGCAAGACAUAUCUGGCGGCGACCACAGGCUUUGCUGGAAAGAUCUCAGCGAGGACGUAAUCAGAAAACUGGAGGCAAGACUGAGGAGUGACGAAGCUGCUUGGAAACAAUUACUUCGGUCAUUUGGAAUUGAUCCUCACAAGUUCUCGUCUGGGAUACCCGAAUUUAGUGAUAUUUUCGGUAUGUUCCCGGACACACCUGUCAAGGAAUUAAGAGAGGUCUUUGAAGCUCUGCAGUUAUAUGAUCUGAUAAAUUUGCUUGAAGAAGGAAAACCACGAACCGCAAGAUCGCUGCGAACCGCUCUUCCUUUACAGGAUAUAGAGAAAUUGAGGAAUCCUGGUGAUCGUCCCAUAUCUUAUCACAGCAGUGUGGCAGUUCUGAUUAUCGAGUUUGAGGAGACUUGCAACACUGAGGGGAUUGAAAAGUUUUUUAAAGGUCUGAACUUAAGGAGCGAGGUAACUGUGGUGAGCGGCAGAGACGUUUAUGAAAGGAGUAUGAGAUUUGGUUAUACGAGCCGGAAGCAUUUGAAGGAGGAGGUGAACAAAUUGAGAUCGACUUCUUUAGAAGUCAUACAGCGUUGGAUAUUCAAUCAAGCCGUGGGAAGAACGUCGCUACCAAAAUAUCCCAGUCUGUGUUCGCAGCAUUUCGAUGCUGAUUGCUUCGAAGACACGGCCUUAAUCCGAGCUGGUGAAUGUCAGGGGGAAACAAGGUUCAAGAUAUCCUGGAAUAAAGUAUCAAAGAGAUUUGGAGCUGAACCAGUUCUGGAAGAGAAAUCCUAUGAAUAUCUAAAGGACAUGUUGCAGGCAGCUCUUCAUUUGGCAGCUUCAGGUGUAAAGCCUGCUCCAAGGCUCAAAGAAUGA